AUGGAGGGAAUAUUCGUAUUUUCAUUUCCGGAACAGGAGAGAAACAGAUCUCGGAAGCCCAUCCCAAUUGCUGCCAAAGCGAUUGAAUACUUCGACAAGCAAGAACCCGUCGAGGAAGUGACAACUCCUGUUUUCCGAAAUGAUGUUCCGGACCGAACCAAGAGUGCAAAGGACAAAAGAAGCUUUGCUUUGGCCCCCUACCAAAGAAAGAACACGGAGCGACGAUUGAAAUCUGCGGUUCUGUGUAUAACCGGCUUUUCUACAACCGACAGGGAAACUUCCAGAAUAGACUCAUCCACCCCGGUGUCCUCAACCACAUCUACCAUAUCCCAGUUCCAAGAUACAGCUCGUCCGCUCAGUUCUUCGGUGCAUCGGGCAGAGUCUCUAUUUGAGAAGCCAGUUUGGGAACAUCCAGCACUGAAAGAAAUCAAAGAAGACGAUUAUCUGGAAAUCGGCUGUGCGGAAGAAUCAAUAACAACAAUGAACCCUCUUGUCAAGUCAAAAGAUAGCUACGAAAAAGCUCUUAAAGUUUAUGGUUGGAGAAUGGAAGUUCCAAGAGAUCCGCUUUACUUAAAAAAACCGUAUCUUCCCAAGCGACGGUCAUACUCUGUGGACAUUUCUUUAGAACCCAGCUUACCACUCCCACCGAAAAUGCGUGUGUCCAAGGCAGAGACGUUUUUCCAACCAACAGUCAAAAUCAUGCCUCUGUCAUUCACAGUCAGCCCGGACUUCUCAUCGGAGGCAUUUGUUGCCAAACAGAAUGAUUUGCGUCGCAGCGGGAACUGGAAUUAUGGAACGCGACGUUAUGCUUUUCUUUACUGA